ACUACGGCUAUAGAUCGGGCUAGAAUCCUCGUUCGCGGGUUGCGAGUUUUCUUUUCCUAAAACGAUCAGGGCAAAACCGCGCCCCCAAGCCAUUUGAUUGGUCCCUGCAACGCCUUCUUCUUCUCUUGGCUGCUUCUGCCGAUUUGGCACCGAGUGCACUUACACGCGACACCAUCGGUCACCGAGGGAAAUGCAUCCCCGACGGAUGCUUAACACCUGCUGACACUGUGAAACAAGGGGAAGAGGGACUAGUUGUAGGUAUUAUUUCGCGCCAUCAGGACACACAGUCAUUAUUCACAACAGCAUCAUGCCGCGGUGUUUACACUGCAAGCAGCCAGAAAGUGGGAACACCAAUUGUCAACCUUUGGAGAACACAAUGUGGCCAAAUGGAACGGAAAGGAUUAGACCGUGGAGAAUCUUUAACCCCUGCCCCUGAGUCCCAACCGUCUGAGAUAGCGUUGGACCUCACUGAGGCAAUCCUGGGCCGUUCGCAGUAAAAUGUCCCUAAGUAGUGGCACUGCAGGCGGGAAAGGUGUGGACUCGAAUGCAGUGGACACUUAUGACAGCGGGGAUGAAUGGGAUAUCGGUGUUGGAAAUCUAAUUAUUGACCUUGACGCUGACUUAGAGAAGGACAAGCUUGAGAUGUCUGGCGUUAAGGACGGUAUGGCGGCACCACCUAGUGCAGUAGCAGCUUUGCCCGACAACAUCCGCUUUGUUAGUCCAGUGUCUGGCUCUCAAGGCAAGGAAAGUAAAUCCAAAUACAAGCGCAGUAAAAACUCUAAAGACAAUAAUAGCAAAGCUUCAACUGGAGAUGGGGGUAAAAAGGAAGUUACAGGUCGGACUCAAUGUGAACCAACUGGCACAGCAGCGAGUGUAGUGGUUGCUGGCAACAAUUCAACCUCUGGGAAGAACAUGGAAAAAGGAGGCAAAACCUCCAGAGGUGUUCUGAGUGGGAAAAAGGACAAAGAAGGGGCUACGAGCAAAAGUAAAAAGGACAAAACAGACGGAGCAGCAGUUGUGACAAUUGCCACAGUGGAGAAGGAGGUUGUGUCUCAAGUCCAAGUUGCUGUCGGGAACUGUCGUAACACACCUUUUGAGGUCACACAAUCAACAGACUUACUAGAAGCCAAUCAAAUUGGGAAUAUUUCUCUUGAGCCUGUUGGAGUAUUACCAGCAUUAAACACGAAAUCUGAGCCUGAGGAGAUUGAAAACAGUAAUACUGAAAGCAAGACCUUGAAGAAGGUGAAAAAUGAAAAGAUGGAAUCUCCUGUCUCAACACCAAUCCCUCCCCCCCUUCAUAUCUUGAAUGCUGUAGGCAACAGUGAGAUUGCCUCGCCAUGUGAACAGAUAAUGGUGCGUACACGCUCAGUGGCAGUGAACACAUCUGAUGUGGCCCUUUCCACGGAACCCGAGUGCUUAGGACCAUGUGAACCUGGUACAAGUGUCAAUCUCGAAGGGAUUGUGUGGCAGGAAACUGAAGAUGGAAUGUUGGUGGUAAAUGUUACUUGGAGAAACAAGACGUAUGUGGGCACACUUUUGGACUGCACAAGGCAUGACUGGGCUCCCCCCCGGUUUUGUGAAUCCCCUACAAGUGACCUGGAAAUGAGAAAUGGCCGUGGCCGAGGUAAACGAAUGAGACCAAAUAGCAACACUCCUAUCAACGAGAACAGCAACUCGUCAGACAACAAAGGCGCCACCAACAACAAGACACGCGCUGCCGCUAACAGUAAGGGCAGAAGAGGCAGCCAGACACCAUCGGAACGCCGCACUCCUCCCAACAGCAACACUGAGGAUAUUAAAGCAAGCCCCUCCUCAGCUGGAAAACGGAAGGCCAAACCUCCAUCAGAUAUGGAACCCAAUUCUAGCUCGGAGGACAGCAAAGGCAAUAAACGUAUCCGGACAAACUCUAACAGUGGAGGGGUUGGGCUAACAGGGCUUCUUAUUCCCUCUAUCAAGACUGAACCCCUUCCACCACCCCUUGAUCGUAGCUGUCCCUCACCUGUUCUCAUUGAUUGCCCUCAUCCCAACUGCAACAAGCGAUAUAAGCACAUUAAUGGUCUCAAGUACCACCAAGCCCGUGCCCACGCGGAUGAUGAUGUGAAACUAGAAUUAGAUAUAGACAGUGAAUAUGGAGAGGACUCGACACUUCACCCUGAACCUGAGAAUUGUAAUGGUGCAUCCAUCCCGCAAAAAGGAUCAUUUUCUCCAGCACGGUCGGUCACACCGAAAGGAAGGAACUUUGAUGUUCAAAGUACUUCUCCAUCACCGGGCAAGUUUUGCUCCAAGCAGAGCAAAAAGAAAGUUCCUGAAACAGAACCAGAAAUAAGUACACCCAUGGAAGGUUGUGAUGAAGGGGCUUGUCUUUCUGAUGAAACCAGUAAUGAUGGCAUUGAUGAAAAAAGAGGUUCUGAAAAAUCAAAAAAACCCAACACAAAAGCUGAUAAAAUGCCUCAAAAAUAUAUGAAGUCAUCACGAACCGUUGUCACUGGGCCUUCAGCAUCGCAGUUGUACUCUUUCCCUUCAGGAAACCCAAAUUCUUCACCAGGGCUGACCCCAAUUUUGCAAGGAAUCCCCAAAAGUCCCCAAAUGAAAUCACCCAAAAACCCUGCCGUUGGAGAUCCUCCCUCAAAUAACUCCAAAGACAAGAAGAAGAAAGACAAGAAGAAAAAGGAUGGCGGAAAGGAGGGUGACAGCCCCAAGUCAAUAGGAAAGGGAGGUAAACUGGAAGAGGGAAAACCAUUAUAUACAGAAGUACCUGAACAAGGAAAUAAGGCUGAAGGGCUUCUUAAUGGAUCCUCAGACCCUCAUCAAAGUCGACUGGCAAGCAUCAAGGCCGAGGCUGACAAGAUAUACAGUUUUACAGAUAAUGCUCCUAGCCCAUCUAUUGGUGUUGCAAGCCGAAUAGAUGGCAGUGGAAUGCCACAGCCUCUUACACCUCUUCACAUGAAUCAGAAUGGUGCUGACAAUUCAUCUGUAAAAACUCACAGCCCAGCAUACUCAGAUAUCUCUGAUGCUGGUGAGGAUGGUGAAGGGAAACUAGAGAAUGUAAAAAACAGGACAGAGGACCAGGCACUCAGAGAAAGUGUCAAAAAAGCUCUUUUCCCACAUCCCGCACCCAACAAAGAUUCUCCAUACUAUUCUGGCUAUGAAAACUAUUACUCACCCAAUUAUGUCAACCCCAGUCCUGGUGGCCCAAAUCCAUCUGCACCGGUGGCAGAGGGUCAAGUGAAGAUCAAAAGGGAGGAUGACCAGGAUCAGGGGGAGGAGAAAGUCAAGGUUGAGGUUCACGAGGAUCGCAAACCUGACAUUGUUCCUGGUCAGCAACAGCAGCAGCAACAGCAACCGUCUGUCAUUCAACAACGAUCUAAUAUGUAUAUGCAACCACUUUACUACAACCAGUAUGCCUAUGUACCCCCAUAUGGAUAUCAUUCAGAUCAGACGUACCAUAACCAUUUAAUGAAUACCAACCCAUCUUAUCGACAACAGUUUGAGGAGCGUCAACGACAAAUGGCAGAACAUCACCGUGCUGCUGAGAAAAAGUCUGACAUAGCCAUGAAAGAAAGAGAAGCUUCCAUUAAGGAUGACUGGAAGCAAAAGAGCCCCAUGCAGCCAACCCUUUCCAAAACCCCGAUUCAAUCUGAGGUUGGAAAAACGCCGCAGCCUACAAGUAAAUGCAGGGACUCACCCUCUGAGGUGUCAUCCAAAUCUAUGGGAAGCAUUAAGGCAGAGGACAUCAAGUCCCAGCAAGCUGAAGGGCUAAAGAUGAAACUGACAGAAGUGGGGCACCAUGGGAAGGAGGAAUCAAAGCAAGCACUUGAUUCAAGAGGUCCUGCUGGCACAGAGCAGACUAUAUGGUACAGACAGCAGUACCCGGACAGCCAAAAGGCUCAAGCGGAUGGUGAAAACCAGCAACAACAACCUCGAUGGAAAGACGAACGCGACAGAGAACGAGAACGUGAAAGGAAAUCAAAGGACGAAAGGUGCAGGCCUAAGGACUGUCAAAGCGGGCCUAAGGAGGAUGGCAAAGAAAUUACUGACCUUAGAAUAAAUUCUGAGGAACAUCGGACCAUGAACAAAGACUCUCGUACAAAUGCCCACUUGCAGUUCUCAUCACCACUAGCGCAGCACCAAGGGUACAUCCCAUAUAUGCAUGGUUACCCCUAUGGACAAGGUUAUGACCCUAACCACCCUGGAUACAGGGGAAUGCCUUCGGUCAUGAUGCAGAGCUACCCAGGAUCUUACCUUCCGGGAGGUUAUCCUUUCGCCCCCUACGGCAGUAAAAUAGCUGAAGAGGUCAACGACAAAUCCCGCACCAGCCCUACUGUCAACAAAAUGGCAACAGACUCCAAAGCUCUCGAUAUCCUACAUCAACACGCCAGCCAAUACAAAAGCAAAUCUCCGACAAUAGGGGACAAGCCACCCCUUGACAGAGAGCGAGAGCAGGACAGAGGAGCUGGUGGAGAAAGGGAUCGGGAAAGAGAUGUAGAUCGGGCGCGCUCCUCGCCCUCCCAGCGGAUCAUGCCCUCCCACCACCACCUGGGGUACCCCCUGCUUUCAGGGCAGUAUGACCUUUCCUACACUACAGGGAAACCUGACCGCCACACCUCAACCCUGCAAAGAUUCAUGUGACUGGCUCACAUGAGAAAGGAUUUCCCAGGUGUUCUUUUUAGACAUCAGUUCAAUGGUGUUUCUGUUUAGUUGAUCUGCCCAGGUGUCGGCAGUUUGUUCACAUCUUUCUUCACCUUAGAAAGAAUCUCAAAGCUUGGACUGAUCUAAUCCAGGUUCAAAGCCAUCACUCUAUCCCUUCAUGCAGAGGAAACACCUCCCCUCUGAUGCUCUAGUCUUUGCACUGUCAACAAAUACAAUGCAAAAAUGGACUAUUGGACUGUCUUCGUUUUUGUUUUGACAAAUAUAUUUUUCGGGGGUGGGGGGUUUCACAUAAAGAAGAAUCUACCCGAGGAUUCGGACAGUUGGGUGACUGAUGACAAAUGGGAGUUAAAUUAAAUUAAAGACUUGCAGAGAAAAUUGUAUUGAAAUGAGUACAACUUUAUGUUGCUGGCAUUUUAUAUGCAACGAUGCAACAAUAUAUCCUAAACUUGACAAAUGUUUGGUUCUGUUUCAUUAGCGACAGGGGAAUAUGGCAACUGCUGCUUUCUUUUCAGAGACUUAAGAGCCUGAGACUGAUGUUUUCAUUCUCACUGUCACAAAAUAGUUCCCACAUUUAAAAGCGUCAGUUUUUUCAGGGAUGAUGUCACCUUGUUUUAGCGAAGGGACCUCAUAGACCUCAACAGAGAAUAGUAAACGUGAUCAAUGUUUGCUUUUGUCAAACAACUCAACUUCAAUAGUGAUUGCCAUCUUUGAAUGUCUGAAUGCUGGUGUCUACGCUGCUUCCCCACACAAUGAAACUUGUUUUUCCACUCACUCUGCGAGCGAAGCCACAUUAGCCACGGUGACACUUGUCAGGCGCAGUAAGCUUCAUUUACCCCUGUUAAGUUAAUGUUCUGCUUUAGCAUUGACUUUCCACAGAUAAAUGUUAAGAUGUGUCUCAGCACAUGUCCAGAUAAUUUCUGCAUGUGUUCAAUUCAUCCCUGCACAUCCUUCACUUGCAGACAUUUGAACGGCUGACAGUAUCCUUAAUCCUUCAGACGGUGACUUUUAGCUCAUUGUGUCCAUCCAUAUGGCUAAUAUGGCUUCCCUCUUAACCACAUUCAUCUCUUUAUUAUUAUUGUUUCUUCAAGCGGCUGGCUUUCAAUCAGUCGAAGUGUGGUACUUUGCUUCGUUGCUAUCUGGGAUCUAAUUUCAACUUCUUGCAUAUUGCAUUCAUGAAAGUAAAACCUACAGUGGUCACAGAAAUAAUUAGAACAUGAUUAAAAAAACAAGACAAAUGUUGCUUUGGAAAUUGUGAUCCAACAACAUUAUUAGAAAAAAUAAUAACAAUCAGGAAGCAGGCUUGGACAAAAAUAAUGCUACUCUUCAUAUUUUGUUGCACAGCCUGUGCAGGUCAUUGACUUCAAUCAAUUUUUCUACAGUGAAGUAAAUAAGUAUUUGAACACGCUGCUGCAUUGCAAGUUCUCCCACUAAGAAAUCAUUGAGUGGUCUGAAAUUUCCAUCAUAGGUGCACGUCCACUGUGAGAGAGAUAAUCUGAAAAGAAAAAACCACAAAUCACAAUAUAUGAUUUUUUUAACAAAUUAUGUGCGUGAUACAGUUGCAAAUAGGUAUUUGAACACCUGUCUAUCAGUUAGAAUUCUGACCCUCACACACCUGUUAGUCCGCCUUUAAAAGUCCACCUGCACUCCAUGUAUUAUCCUGAAUCAGAUACACUUGUGUGAGGUCGUUAGCUGCAUAAAGACACCUGUCCACCCCGUACAAUCAGUUAGACUCAAACCUGUAACAUGGCCAAGACCAAAGAGCUGUCCCAAGACACCAGAGACAAAGUUGUACUCCUCCACACGGCUGGAAAAGGGCUAUGGAGAAAUUGCCAAGCAGCUUGGUGAAAAAGGUCCACUGUUAGAGUAGUCAUUAGAAAAUGGAAGAAGCUAAACAUAACUGUCAAUCUCAAUCGGAGUGGAGCCCCAUGCAAGAUAUCACCUCGUGGGGUCUCAAUGAUCCUUAGAAAGGUGAGGAAUCAGCCCAGGACUACACGACGUUAUUACACGACGUUAUUUGCAGCUGUAUCACACAAACAUAUCAUUAAAAAAUCAUACACACGCUGUGGCGACCCCGAAAGGGACAAGCCGAAAGAUACUUACUUUAGAUUAUCUCUCUCACAGUGGACAUGCACCUACGAUGAAAAUUUCUGACCCCUUCAUGAUUUCUCAGUGGGAGAACUUGCAAUGUAGCGGGGUGUUGAAAUACUCGUUUUCUUCACUGUAAUUUUCAAUAAGACUUCUGAACUUCUCAGUAGGUAUUUUGCUCCCAUGUUCAUGAGAAAAGUGCUCUAGUUGUCUGAGGUUUGAAGAGUGAUUUCACCCUACGGCACAUUUCAGCUCCUUCCACUGAUGUUCCAAAAGAUUCAGAUUUGGGCUCAUAGAAUACCACUUUAGAAUAGUCCAAUGUUUUGCUUAUUGCCAAUUUUGGGUGUUCUUUUUUUCAAGGGAUUAUUAUCCUUUUGCAAGACCUAUGAUCUACAGCUAAGACCAAGCUUUCUGACACAGGACUGCAGGUUUCUCUCUAAACCACCUAGAUAGUCUUGACAUUUCAUUGUACCUUGCACAUAUUUAAGAUACCCUGUACCAAAAGUAGCAAUACAGCCUCAGAACAUAACAGACCAUCCUGCUUUUGUUCACAGUAGGGACAGUGUUUUUGUCUUGGUGUGCUUCAUUUUUUGGUCUGUAAGAUGAUGUGCCUAAACAAAAGGUUCCAUUUUUUUUUCUCAUCUGUCUAUACGAGAGUCUCCCAGUUUGGCAAAUGACACUUCAUGUUUAUUUUCAAUAGUGGUGUUCUCCUUGGGGGUCUCCCAUGCAGCCCACUUUGGCUCAAAUGACAAUGGAUGGCGUGAUCUGACACUGGUGUACCUUGCACCUUGGAGUUCACCUUUAAUUGUUUGGGACGGGGUUCUGCGCUCUCUUGUUACGAUUCGUAUUGUCCGUCUCUUCAAAUUUGACAUCCAUCUUCCUCAGGUAGACACCUCCAAGGAUGUUGGCUGUAGUCCAGUGGAUCUUAAGAUUCUGAAUAUGUACAACUGUACGUCACAUCAACAUUAAACUGAUUGGAGAUGGGCUGAUAACCUUUACCUUUAAGUUACUUGUCUAUAAUUUUGUUUCUAAUCUCCUUUGCUUCCUCUGGUCCAUGUUUUCUGGGGUACACACACGGUCUCCAAACAGCGCAGUUAUCAUCUGUCACCCUUUCAAUAGGCUGAUUGAGAUAUGACAAGUUUGAAGACCGCUGUGUUGCAAAUUAGAGGAUGUCCCUAUGGUAACGUUCGUUUGAAUUUUUCUCGGGGACCAUCAUUUUUGUCCAGGUCUGUUUCUCGAGUUUGUUUUUUAAAAUUCUGUCGGACCGCAAUUCAAAAGCAAUGUCUGGUAUGUCAUUGGUUAAUAUACGUGACAUUUUUAUUUAUUACUUUUGUUGGAUUGAAGGUAUUUUUGUGAUCCCUGUGGGUUUUCCUUUUAUCAACAAAGGGGUAGCAACAAUUUUGCUCACGUUACAUGCCCCUAAGUGCAGAAAGAUCUGUUUAUAAAAAAUGUUCACACAAAACAUACAAACCAAGCAGCUGGUGUGUGAGGUAAACAUAUCGUCAUUGUCCUCCUAUUCAUGUAUUUGGAUUUUGCAUACGGUGUGCAAUGCUGCGGUGUAAAUCCGUUGUUCAAUGUUUACCCUGACGUCAUGCUCAAAAGUAACCAGGUACCAUACUCUGCUUUCAAAUGUCUAUUUAUUUAAGCAGCUGCGUGUGCGUGUGCAUGUGUUUGUGUGUGUUGGGUGGGUGAGAGACACGAACAGAGUUGUCACUUAAUCCAAUUUGAUUAUUACAGUCCUUUUUGUGUUAUCGAAGUUACCACCUCCCCAGGCAGGAGUUGAAUUUUACAGCAGCUAGCAAUCCCACAAGUUCUUGGUUUUAGCAAGUACAUCCUGGACAUCUCCUUGACAUAUGUGCAUUUAAAGAUGAUGAAUGGCUGAAUCAGAUGAAUGUGCUGGUGUUUGAUUAGUAUUUAAUCUGUAAGGGUAACCUAGGCAGCUGUGAUGUUGUCAUUCAAGUCUGUGAGGUUUUAGUACCAGCAGGCUGCUUUCAUACAGUACAAUAUAGUUUUAUCAAACAAUGGUUGUGACAAGUGCAUUUGUUCGCUCAGAGAGUAGUCUUAUUAUCUCAGUAGUCAGCAAAGCCCAGUGAAAAAUCUUAACUAUAUUCUAAAAAGUGUAUGAAAAGCCAGAAAACUUCAUGUUUGCUUUCGACAUAAUGGAAAGCUUGGCUGUUUUGUUUCAAUGGUGCAGAGUAUAUUUAUUGGCCAGCAGUUGGUGCCUAGUUGAACAUUCUUGUGUGAGAAAACAGACGCUUGCUCGUUUGUCCUUUCCCGAACCACCUUCUGUCAUACAAAGACACCCACCCCCAACCCCCGCCACUCCCCACCCCCAACCCACGGCCCACAGUACCCACAGAGGUGCUUGCAAGGAUGUUUACUGUCUUCUUUCUGUGUAAGACAUUCAGAAUUGUCUCGCCCCCUCUUCCUCUUCUCUCCCUCCCUCACAGGAGUUUGUGAAAAGUGUACAUUACCAUGGUUCUUUUUUUUUAUAUAUAUAUAUACAAUACUCUGUAACUUGCCUUUGUAAAUUUGGGCUGGAAAAAAAUAAAUCUU